AUGUGUGGUAUUUUCGCCUACCUCAAUUACCUUGUCGCUAAGGAUAGACAAACAAUCUUUGAUAUUCUUACAAGCGGCUUAGCCCGUUUAGAAUACCGCGGUUAUGAUUCAGCAGGUCUAGCUGUGGACGGCGAUGCUGCCAAAGAAGUGUUCAUCUAUAAACAAGUAGGGAAGGUUGCCGCUUUAAAAAAACUCGUGUCAGAGCAGAACAUUGACUUUGAAAGAACAUUUGUUAGCCAUUGCGGUAUGGCCCAUACGCGUUGGGCUACUCAUGGUCAACCUUCACCAACAAAUUCUCAUCCUCAUCGUUCAGAUCCAAAAGGCGAAUUUACUGUGGUUCAUAACGGUAUUAUUACCAAUUAUAAAGAAUUGAAAACAGUUCUCGAAAACAAAGGCUAUCAUUUUGAAUCAGAAACAGAUACCGAAGCAGUUGCUAAACUUGCAAAAUAUAUCUAUGAUACACAAAAUCCUAAUCAAAAUUUAAGCUUCACCGCACUUGUCAAGGGUGUUGUCAAGGAACUGGAAGGUGCAUUUGCCUUGAUCUUCAAGAGCGUCCAUUAUCCCGAUGAGAUCGUUGCCACGAGGCGUGGGUCUCCCCUUUUGGUUGGUGUUAAGACCGAGAAAAAAUUAAAGGUAGACUUUGUUGACGUUGAAUUCGACGAAAAAGUUUCAGAAGCAGGAGCAGGAAAUUUAUUGUCACCUACAGAUGGCAUUCCGAAACUUAGACGUAGUCAAUCACGCGCCUUUCUUAGUGAAGAUGGAUUACCUCAACCUAUUGAAUACUUUCUCGCGUCCGAUCCUUCUGCUAUCGUAGAACACACAAAACGUGUACUAUACCUUGAAGAUGAUGACAUUGCUCACAUUGGUGAAGGAGAAUUACAUAUUCAUCGUUUAAGACAUGAUGAUGGAAUAUCUGCUAUUCGUUCUAUCCAAACCUUGGAAAUCGAAUUGGCUGAAAUUAUGAAAGGUUCUUUCGAUCAUUUUAUGCAAAAGGAAAUUUAUGAACAGCCUGAAUCUGUAGUUAACACUAUGCGUGGUCGUGUUAACUUUGAGACUCAUAAAGUCACCCUUGGUGGCCUCAAAGCAUAUUUGGCGACUAUUCGAAGGUGUAGACGCAUAGUAUUUUGUGCUUGUGGUACUAGUUACCAUUCAUGUUUAGCUACCCGUGCUAUUUUUGAAGAACUAACAGAGAUUCCUGUUUCCGCGGAAUUAGCCAGUGAUUUCUUAGAUAGAAAGACCCCUAUAUUCAGAGAUGACGUAUGCGUGUUUGUAUCGCAAUCUGGUGAGACUGCUGAUACAAUUCUUGCUUUGCGAUAUUGUCUCGAACGCGGCGCACUUUGCCUCGGUAUUACUAAUACAGUUGGUUCAACAAUCUCGCGUGAAACGCAUUGUGGUGUUCACAUUAAUGCUGGUCCUGAAAUCGGUGUUGCAUCUACUAAGGCUUAUACUUCACAGUAUAUUGCUUUACUGAUGAUGGCUAUUCAAUUAAGUGAAGAUCGUACGUCCAUGACACAAAGACGAAUCGAUAUUAUUAAUGAACUUUAUAAGUUGCCUCAAUACAUUAAACAAGUUCUCAGUAUUGAUAAAGAUUUACAAAAACUUGCCAAAAACGAACUUUUAAAAGAAAAAAGUCUCUUAAUUAUGGGUCGUGGCUUCCAAAAUGCCACUUGUUUAGAAGGUGCUUUAAAGAUUAAAGAAGUUUCAUACAUGCACUCAGAAGGAAUUUUGGCAGGCGAAUUAAAACAUGGUCCUUUAGCACUUAUUGACGAGAACAUGCCUGUUAUUCUUAUUAUGACUAAAGAUUCUCUAUAUCCGAAAGUACAAAGUGCCCUCCAACAAGUCUCAGCUCGCAAGGGUAAGCCUAUCAUUAUCUGUAAUGAUGGCGACGAAGGUAUAGAAGUUCAAUACGAAGCAAUUCGUGUGCCUCAGACCGUUGAUUGUUUGCAAGGUAUUCUCACAAUUAUUCCUUUGCAAUUGCUAUCAUAUCACCUUGCUGUGUUAAAUGGAGUUGAUGUCGAUUUUCCACGAAAUUUGGCUAAAUCU